AUGGUAAGUCUCAAUGAAAAACGAUCGAAAAUUCGAUAUGUUAUACAAAACAAAACUGAAUGGGUUGAAGAUGACAAUAAAUUUGGUAAAAAAAUGUUAGAAAAAAUGGGUUGGACAUCAGGUGUUGGAUUAGGAAAAAAUGAAAAUGGAAGAACAGAACAUAUUGAUAUGAAAUUUAAAUCCAAUAUGAAAGGAGUUGGUUUUGUUAAUGGAAAAUAUGAUGAUACAUGGAUUGCACAUUCACAAUCAUUUGAUUCUGUUCUUGAACAACUUCAACAAUCUCAUCCUACAUCAUCUCCAUCUUCAAUUCAUAAUUUUGCACAAACUGUUCAACAAACAAAUACAAGAUUUAAUUAUAAAAAACAAUCAAGUGGAAAAGAUUUAAGUUCCAGAUCAAAUCAUGAACUUGAUUGUAUUUUUGGACGGAAUAAAAAAAAUAUUAAAAGUAAUCCUACUGAUAAUGAAACAAAACAACAAUCUGAUAAUGACGAUGAUGAUGAAAAAAAAAACGAAAAAUUAUCAGAGAAUCUUUAUGUAACAAGUAAACAAUCCAUAACAGAUUACUUUAAAGAUAAAUCAAAGAAAAAAGCUAUAAAGAUACAUCAACAAUCAGAAACAAUAAAUGAUGAUCAAACUUAUCCAGUUGAUGAAAUUGUGCCUCGUGAGCAAGUUACAUCAGACGAUCCAUUGACUGAUACGGAUAACUCCAUCAAAAAGAAGAAAAAAAAGAAACGCGACGAAGAGACAGUUGAUGAAAUUGUGCCCAGUGAACAAGUUACAUCAGACGAUCCAGUGAAUGAUACGGACAACUCAAUGAAAAAGAAGAAAAAAAAGAAACGAGAUGAAGAGACAGAUGAAUCAUUGACUCAGUUGGAUGAAAGUGAAAAAGUUAAAAAACAGAAGAAAGAUAUUGAAAACCCUUAUAAUGAUUCGAAUUUAUUGGAAAUGGAAGGAUAUAAAGGAUGGAAUAUUGAUUCAUCAAUUGAAGAUAUUAUUAAAAAAAAAGAAAAACAAAAGAAUCGAAAAAAAUAA